UCCCCAAAGUGGUUUAAUAUUUAAGCUCCUCUGUGUUUGCAUGUCUCUCUUCAGCGGAGAACACAGCUUUGGUGAAGCUGGUGAGACCCAUCCACGAUGAUUUCCCCGGUGCUCAUCUUGCUCUCUACUUUCCUCUGCCAUGUUGCUAUUGCAGGACAGACCUGUCCCAAGCCAGAUGACUUACCAUUUGCUGUGGUUGUUCCGUUAAAAACGUUCUAUUACCCAGGGGAACAGAUUGUCUACUCCUGCAAGCCAGGCUAUGUAUCCCGAGGAGGGAUGAGACGGUUUACUUGUCCUCUCACAGGGAUGUGGCCCAUUAACACCCUGAAAUGUAUACCCAGAGUCUGUCCUUUUGCUGGAGUCUUAGAAAAUGGAGUUGUACGCUAUACAACGUUUGAAUACCCCAACACCAUUAGCUUCACUUGUAACCCUGGGUUUUCUCUGAAUGGAACUAGCUCUGCUAAGUGCACUGAGGAAGGAAGAUGGAGCCCAGAGCUUCCCGUCUGUGUCCCGGUCACCUGCCCACCACCACCAGUUCCUAAGUUUGCAACCCUUAAGACUCACAAGCCAUCAGCUGGGAACACCUCUCUGUAUCAGGACACAGCAGUCUUUGAAUGCUUGCCACACCAUGCCAUGUUUGGAAACGACACUGUGACGUGCACAGCUCAUGGAAACUGGACUGAACUGCCAGAAUGCAGGGAAGUGAAAUGCCCCUUCCCAUCAAGGCCAGAUAAUGGGUUCGUGAAUUACCCUGCAAAGCCAAUGCUUCUUUAUAAGGAUAAAGCUACAUUUGGUUGCCAUGAAACAUACAACCUGGAUGGCCCAGAAGAGGUGGAGUGCACCAAGAUGGGAAACUGGACCGCCCAGCCAAGCUGUAAAGCAUCUUGCAAAAUAUCUGUUAAGAAAGCCACAGUCCUGUACCAAGGAGAAAGAGUGAAGAUCCAGGAACAGUUUAAGAAUGGAAUGAAACAUGGUGACAAGGUUUCUUUCUUCUGCAAAAACAAGGAGAAGACGUGUAGCUAUACUGAGGAGGCUCAGUGCAUUGACGGCACCCUUGAAAUCCCCAAAUGUUUCAAGGAGCACAGUUCACUGGCUUUCUGGAAGACGGAUGCUUGGGAUGUGAAGCCAUGUUGAAGUCAUUUUCAGAAUCAAAAUUGGAUGUCAUAUUUGUAUCUCUGCUUGCCCUCAGAAUCCAACUCAAAUAGCAAAAUAAAGUUACUGGUUGCCUCAGUCA